AUGUUAUUUGAUUUAAAUACCAGUGCAGGUAAAAAUUAUCAAUGGAAAAUUGGGGAUCUAGGAUUAUCACAAGAAAUAAAUAAUGAAUCAUCAAAUAAUGAGAUAUAUGGAAUUAUACCUUACAUUGCACCGGAAAUAUUUAAGGGGUCUUCAUUUUCUAAAAAAGCUGAUGUCUAUAGUUUGGGUAUGGUUAUGUGGGAACUUACAACAGGUUGUAAACCUUUUGAUAAUGUUAAACAUGAUCAUAAUCUUAUUUAUAACAUUCUUGAUGGUGAACGACCCAAAAUUACAGAAGAUACACCAGAAUGUUAUGCUAAUUUAAUGAAAAGUUGUUGGAAUCCUGAUCCAACAAAAAGACCUUCUAUAAAAGAUAUUCGUUUAACUUUUGGUAGAUGGACUUUUAAAGGUAAAAAUAAAGCAGAAUUUAUUCAAGCUGAAACAAAAAGAAUGGAACUUAUACAAUCAAAGAAGCUUGGACCAGAAUUUGCUGAAAAACGACAUUCAGAAGCCAAUUAUAUAAGUAGGCCAUUAAGCGCUUUAAUUUCUAAAUGUUUAUCCACAAAUUCAUCAUCAAUUUCAAUUGGUAAUAAAAAAGAUUCUAAUUAUAUUUAUGUUUCGGAAGAACAAGAGUUUGAUAUAGACAUUGAAAGUUCAUCAUCACAAAAUUUAAGUUUAAAAAUUCAAAAUAUUUCAACCUCUUUUAAAAAGCGAAACAUUGAAGAAUUAAAUCUUGAAAUCGAUGUAGGAAAACGUAUUAAAACUAGUUAA